AUGGCGAACUCAUUAGACAGACUGAGAGAACACUUAAAGAACGGCGAUAAACUGGUUCUAAAAAAUAAUGAGGGACAGUCUACUGAUGAUAUUACGAAAGCAACCAUGGUAGAAACUCUAUCCAGUGAUGGUAGUACCCAAGAUAGUUUUCCAUUGAAUGAAGAAACGGAAAUUGAGAUUGAUGGUUCAUUGGUACAGUUACGAAUAAUUGUUCAUUGUUGGAUGAAUAAGGACUCAAGUGCCGCAGACUAUCUAGCAGACUGUCAGAAUAAACAAUUGACUAAUGUUUCAUUUUUACAAAGAACUGAUUUAAUAAAUUGGUUGUCUGGCAAUACGGAAUCAUCCCAAUAUCUGAAAGCACCCGGUCAGAAAGGCGAGACAUCCGAUAAAGUAGAUAUAGAAAAUAAAACUUUGGCUGGUGAAUUGUCGACUGUAAAAUCAACCACUUCAGCAUCUCUUGAAAAUGAUAGUGAAGUUUCCGAUCCAGUUGUGGUGGAAACAAUGAAACAUGAACGUAUAUUGGUGGACCACAACUCUGCAUUGCGUGGUGCUAAGCCGAUCAACUUUGGUUAUCUAAUAAAAGAUGCAGAACUAAAAUUAGUACAGUCGAUCAAAGGAUCUUUACGAGGAUCUAAAUUGCCUCCCGGUCAUAAGGGCGCGCACGGUCGUAUUUCCAAAACAAAUGGUUCAUCAGGUGGCCCUCGCAAAGAUCCAAUUAUUUUGAUUCCUUCGGCUGCGUCAUCAAUUUUAACUGUUGCAAAUAUAAAACAGUUCCUGCUGGAGUCAAAAUACGUGAAUCCUCGUAACUUACCGUCAGUGCCAAACGGAUUAGUUAACAUAGAGAAAAACUUCGAACGUAUAUCAAGACCAAUUAGAUUUAUUAUAGUCGAUAACACUAGGAUGUUUACUAAGCCAGAAUAUUGGGACAGAGUUGUCGCUAUCUUCACUACUGGUCAUACGUGGCAGUUUAAUAACUAUCAGUGGAAUUCGCCACAGGAAUUAUUUCAACGCUGCAAAGGCUACUAUUUCCACUUUGCCGGUGAUUCUGUACCACAACACGUGCAGCAAUGGAAUGUAGAAAAGGUCGAACUUGACAAAAAUAAAAGAUUUAAGGAUGUGGAAGUCGUGCGUUAUUUCUGGCAUAGUUUAGAAAAGGAACUUAUUUCAAGAGGAUACCGUUGA